AUGCGUCGUCCCACUAGACGUUCAAGCCGGCACCGGAACUCGUUGAUUUUACUGCCGAGCGAGGUCAUCCGUCGAAUUUUGUCAAACCUAGAUUGGAGAGCUUUAUUAAGGCUAAAACUCGUAUGCAAAUUUCUCUGCUCGGUGGUGGACGAAAGUCCUUCUGUCCAAUAUACCAUUGAGUUAGCUGUAUGCGGCAUGGAGGAUGGUGCACGAACACGACUCUCUGCCGCAUCAAAACUUGCAUUGCUCAAGGAGCGCAAUGCCGCCUGGGAGGCAUUGCAAUGGGCAGAGUCACAAGACUUAACACUGCCCCAGAGUGACAAUAUGGCUUGGGAAUUGUGCGCAGGCGUGUAUGCACAGUUUAGUGUGCCGGGCGCUAGUACUAUGUGCCUGUAUCGACUCCCUUCGCAGUACCGCAACAUUCCAGCCAGUUCAUGGAGGAUACCCUUACUUAGUGACACCAAGGACUUCACAAUGGAUCCCUCUCAAGAUCUCCUGGUGCUCGUUGAGAAGCCUAUCCUGAUUCCGGCCCACAAUAAGACAAAGUCUUAUAUACGGAUUCAGAUACACCCACGAUCCCUCACCACUGGACAUAGACAUUCAUCUGCGGUCGAAGUCAUUGAUCAUCAUCUGUAUAUGCGAUCAUCAUCUGACAAACUGGAAAUGGAUCUCAGCAUCCAAGCAUGCGAAAAGCUGCUCGGUAUUUUAAUCAUUGUCAAGGACAAUAUAUCAGAGCUGAUGGUGUGGAACUGGCGAACAGGUCUGGUCAUACUGGUAAGUCAAGUUAAAGUUGAAUCCAUUGGCACCUUUGCCUUCCUCACGCCUCAACUUCUGUUAGUGGGAACGGUGAUGCACGAGACUGGAGUCACGGAACCUCGACUUUUUGUUCUGGACAUAUCAAAACCUUCCAUCAACAAGGUCGCCCUCACCGAUUAUGUUUGCGUUUUUGAAUUCCCAUCUUUUGACUUUGUGGUUAGUCCCAUGAAGAUCGUAAUUCGCUCUGACCCAUCGCCCGAGUGGAAGCAUAACCCAGAGGCACAUGUUCCCUUCUCCAUAGCACGUGGACAACGACUCUUCCUCAUUACCACUUGGGUUGAAGAGAAGAAGAAAAAUGUCUCAUAUGACCUAUUCGUACCAGCAAACAUAUUGUUAUCUUCUGUCAUGGCCCUUACUCCACAGACUCGUCGACGUGUUAUCAACUGGAACGAGUGGGGUCCCACAGGUACCCGCUUUUUGAAGUCCCCACCUCACUCUCAUGUCUGGACCGGAUAUGUGUUUGGAAGCAGAUUCAUUUCACUCGUGACAUCACCCAAAGCCACUGCAGGUCGACACUCGCAGACCUUACAAAUCUGGGAUUUCAACCAACUUGCGCUGAAGCGAGCCGCAGCAUUGGGCUUUGAGAAGGAAAACGUGCGUCUUGUAAACGACACGACAGUCGUAGAGGACGAGAUGUUCGUUGAGAGGGUCCGUACGAGCCUUCCUUACUCCAUUACCACGCGCACACUUCCUCCUCCUCGCUCCCCCGGAGAACCGACAUUCACUGACACCAUGAUCAGUGAAGAUAGUAUUUUCCUUCUAAAGGUGAGUCUCCUAACUUCAUUUUGUGUUUUUCACUGA